AUGAAGAAAUUACGCACUGUGAUGGAUUUUUGUGUCCAUCACCAGACUGUUCUGGGUUACAGUGUUGUGUCUCUGCUGACAGCUGCCAGCGAGCACAUCUUCUCAGCUGCGGUGUUCAAAUGUCCUUGCAAUUCCUGGAACGCCUUGUAUGGCUCUGUCUUCGUCGUGGUGCCUGCCUUCAUCCUCUUUCUGCUUGGCUUCAUGAUGAACACCAGGACGUGGCGCCUGCUUACAGGCUGCUGUCCUCAGGAUAACUACUGUAGCUGUAACCUCAAGGGAAACUGCACCCGCUGCGUCCUAGUGCUGGGGCCGGUGGCAGUGAGUGCCUUGGUGGCCCACCUCACCUGGAUUGCAGUGGCUCUGCUCAGUGCCAGCUUCUACGAGUGCGCAGCAACUGGGAACAGCCUAGUGAGGAAACUCAUGUGCAAAGAUAAAGGAGAACAGUGCUCUAAGUUGCUGGUCCAAAUACCCUGUGAUGAGAAGUUAUCUGAGAAGAUACCAGGUGAACUCCUGAGUCUUCGGAGCCAAUCCCAGCUGAUAGGAUGGAUUCUGAUAGCCUUCAUCGUGACUCUGGCACUGAUUUCAACAUGUCUCAGCCGCUGUUACUCCCCAGUUAGCUUUCUUCAGUUGAAGUUCUGGAAAAUUUACUUGAGAAAGGAACAGGAGUUUUUUGAGACCAAGGCCAAAGAGCAUGCAACUAAGCUGGCAGAAAGAGAUGUGAAUUGCUUUUUUGAAGCCAUUGACCCAACACCGUUUCAGACUCCCAGCAAUGCAGACUGAAAGAAGAUUUUGUCCUUGUAUACCUUCAAUGCUGAAGAGCAGUAUUACAGCAUGAUACACAAGUAUGCUAACACAAACAGAGGUGGCAGUGUCAGAUUCAGUCUAGGAGAUCAGAACCCCCGCUUGGGAUUUGUGGAUGAAGCAAAUGUGAGUGAAUGA